CAUAAUAGAAUGUUGAGUCUAAUCAAAUUCGAUAGAUCUCAAUCAUUCAUGGCCAAAACUCUCCAGCGACCUCUUCUCCUUCUAACGGUGGCCGCCGUGCUAUUCUCAAAAGCUCCGUUUUCAAACGCUAUUCCAUUUAUAGUGUUUCACGGAAUUGGAGAUCAAUGCUCAGGUGGAGUUAGUAACUUCACGCAACUCCUAAGCACCCUCUCCAGCUCUCCUGGCUCUUGCUUAGAGAUAGGAAACGGAGAGAACGACUCAUGGUUCAUGCCACUAAUGCAACAAGCAAGUGUAGCGUGUGAGAAAGUUAAACAGAUGAAAGAGCUGAGUCAAGGUUACAACAUUGUUGCACAAUCUCAAGGAAAUAUGGUCGCUAGAGGCCUUAUCGAGUUCUGCGACGAUGCUCCUCCUGUCAUCAACUAUGUCUCCUUAGCAGGACCUCAUGCUGGGAUCGCUGCAGUCCCCAAGUGUAAAUCUGGUCCAAAAUGUGAUAUAGCAGAAGCUAUCUUGAAGUCAGAGAUCUAUAACGACUUCGUUCAAGAUCAUAUUGCUCCUAGUGGUUAUGUCAAGAUCCCUGGUGAAAUGACAAAGUAUUUGGAACACUCUAAGUAUCUACCAAACCUUAACAAUGAGAGACCUGACGAAAGAAACUCCAUUUUCAAAGACCGUUCCACGAGCUUACAUAACUUAGUUCUUGUCAUGUUCCAGAACGACACAACACUGAUCCCUAAAGAAACUUCUUGGUUUGGAUAUUAUACUGAUGAAGGAUUCGAUACUCUUUUGUCAACUCAACAGACAAAACUAUACAGAGAAGACUGGAUUGGUCUGAAAGCAUUGGAUGACGUAGGAAAAGUCAAAUUUGUGAGUGUCUCAGGGGACCACCUUAUGAUAGCGUAUGAGGAUGUUGUGAAAUACGUUGUCCCUUACUUGAUGUAGACAACUUUGUAAAUUCUUCAACAUCCGACUUUUCUUGUCGUUUUUGUCAUUUUAUGAAGUUCAUACAAUAAUAUUUUGAACUAGUGUUUCCCUCCAUCUUGCGCAUGCAUAAUCACCUAUUUUUAAUAC